UCAGGGCAAGACCAAGACCGUAAAUGGUAAAAUCAAAAUCUGGUCAAUUUUAAAGAAUCGGGCUAUUUUUGCAAAAUGCAGAGUGCAGAGAGAGGUGCAUAUUAUCAAUUCACGAUAGUUAGAGGGCGCCAGGUAACCAAAUAAUAAAUCUGUCAAAUAGGCCUAAAAAUAAUUAUUUGAGCUAAAAUUUACAAUACAUGAAUACAUGGUACAAACGUUGAGUAUUGUCAAUAUUAUCAAAGAGGAAACAUUUACUUACACCAGUUUGUAGGAACAACAAUCUACAAACGUUUCAUUCACAUAAUUACUGCUUUAUUGUUAAAAAAUGCAUAUGUACCAACCUGUCUGUUUAAAGGUUAAUUUCUACUAGGCCCUGUCGCCUGGCAGCUAUCCCUAACAUUUGGGUUUAGACCUCCACUCCCUAGGUCUACUUGGGUCAAUACCGUAACCAAAAUGAUGCCAUUCUUUGGUUUAUAUGCUCCCAGGAAACCUAAUCCUAAUAUUAGUGAAAGAAUUUCAAUGACUUGUGUUGACUUGGAAAGUUUGAUGAAUCAACUUGAUCCUGAAAUACUAAUGAAAGAACAUCUCUCCAGCUUGAAACAGGCUCUAUUCCAUUCACACACAAAAGUUGUCCAAGUUGCUGUUAAACAGUUCAUCCGGGUUGCCAAUGACAAGCGAUUCACUGAACAACUGAGCGAAGACCUAGAAGCCGUGUUGGGGAUGAUUGAGAACCUGGCCCACAAGGAACAGAGAGUCGCACGAGAUUGUGUUACAGUUCUGUUACUACUGACGAGUACUCACCGGUCCCUGAUGAACCUACUGUGUCCGGACAUUACCGAUGUCAUAAAGACCAUCAUGACGUAUGUGGCCGUGCGACUACUUGUGUACGAGUUCAUUCUGCAGCUGAGCAUAAACUCUCCGAUCGGUCUAGAGAAGAGUCAUUCGUGCGGAAUCUUGGAGGAUGUAAUAAACGACUUCAAGAAGAAAGAGUCGUACUUGACGCCAACGCACCACCUGCAGUUACACAGUCUGGCGGCGACGGCGCACGGCCGUGCGCACCUCGGCAAAUAUGAGGCGCUGGACUGUGUGGCCAAGACACCUGCGAAUGUACCGCGUGAGGCUAUGAGUCACCUCAUCACGGUGGUACCAGUGGACACGUCGCCGCAGCCGUCCGGGGAUCUUGAUAAAGCACCAGCUGGUGAAAUGAACAAGCCCACUCCGAAGCCGUUCCAUCCUUUACGAGCUGUCAGGAAGAAUCACCACCACUUGCCGUCCAACCAACCUGUGUUGGCACCCGUUAUGACUCCUCUCUACCUGGACCACAUACCCAGGGAGUCGAGCGAGACAAGAGACGUCCACUUAACUUCUUCUUCCUCCUCCCUCUCCUCCCCUUGCGAUUCCCUUGACUCCUCGACGCUGGGGAGGAAACACGACAGAGAGCGCUCAUUCACCCCUCCUCUCCACAGUCCACGUGGCGAAUCCGUCGAAGAUUCCGCUUCUGAACUGUCCCGACUGGUGAGUACCAUGAGGAGUGUGCCGCCUCAUGAGCUGCUCACCCGACGCGGAUGUCUAGACACAGUUGUCCGAGGACUCCGGUGUCCAGACAAACACAACGUACUGCUCGCUCUCCAAGUCAUCGGCUACCUGGGCUCCACCAUCGACGGCAAACGACUGCUGUACAAACAGAGUAAGAAGGAGAAGUUCAUGUCCCUGGUAAUGAGGAAGUUACUGGACUCAGUCGUUCAUUCCUCGACUGACAACAGACUGCGAGCCCUCCAUGUAUUCUACAACCUGAUGAACAUGAGUGAGACCAACAUGAAGUACGAGAAGAUCACCCGCAAGUGGUUCCGGCUGAUGGGUCGGCCACAGGAGGUGAUGAAGCUGAUAGUGACACUGUGUCAUCAGCCGCCACAGACGACGCAAGUGCCCGCGUACAGACUGUUGCGUGCCUUGGCACACCAGGAGUGGGGCCAGCAUUACAUACGCGGCAGGAAAGGAAUGUUGGAUAUGUUGCUGACAGUGCACCACGAGGAAUCGGAGGUGAUACGAGACGCAAAGAACUCUGUACUGGAGGCACUACUCAGCUCUCAGACCGCUUCCAGAAUGUUCAAGGGACAAACUCUGGAUAGGAUACACUCUUUCCUCUACAGGUUCAAGGAAUCUUCUAAGUGAAGUGAACAUUGCGUUGUUUUGGAACUAUUUUAAAGAGGGAGAGAUUUGAGCUAGCCCGAGAAAAACUAUAUGCAGGAGCUGAAAGGUACUCAAAUCACCAUAAAAUUUAACAUUUUUAAGUCGUCCUAAUAUAGGGGAUCUUCUGAGAGUAGAUUUGAGAUAAAAAAACUAUAUGGAUUUAAAAUACUUAGCAGUUUUAUCGGUAACAAUUAGGAUGUUACAUGUUUAACAGAAUGUCAUUUUCAAAUACCUGAAUUAACUUAAAUAUGA